AUGGCAGCGACGGUGGCUCCAAAGAAAAAAGACGCCACGCCGGUGACUUUAGGGAUGGAAGAUAACAAUGAUGAGUGGGGCUUCUUCUUCAGAAAUUUUGAUGCUUUCGGCAAUUUGAGCUCUAAUGAUGGUUCACAAAAUGAUCAAGUUGGUAUGAAUUCUGAAGUUGCAUCUGUCAUUAGGGAAUUCACCGAGCCAUUUAGACAAGAUGAUGAUUAUGAAAAUGAAGAAGAAGAAGCAGAGCAUAUGAACACGGUUAAUACCCAUCCUGUGCUGCUAGUUGCAACUGCUGAUAACUUUGAAGGGUUGCCACCUACAAUUAGGCGUUGUUUCAGCCAUGAAACGAAAAUGGGAGGUUUGACCGAAGACCAGAGAGUGGAAAUGCUAUCCCAAUCACUUCACCUUAUCUCUGAAUUGGUUCCAGAUACUUGUACAGAGGAUGUUGUAAAAGAUAUGUUUGGACAGACUUUUGGUUUCAUGCCAAGGGAUAUUAGGGCUUUAGUUGCUGAUGCUAGUUCAAGUUUGAUUCCUAUUAAUGGCAGUAGCUUUGAGAAGUUGGGUGACAGCAAAGAAUUCAUGGUCAAAGCUUUGGAGCGGUCAAAGAAAAGGAAUGCAUCGACUUUGGGGAAUCCCAAGGUCGCUAAUGUUAAGUGGGAGGACGUUGGUGAGCUGGAAGAUGUGAAAAAAUCUAUUCUUGAUACAGUUCAACUCCCCUUUCUGCAUAAAGAUUUGUUUUCAUCUGGGCUACGUAAGCCCUCUGGUGUUCUUCUCUAUGAUCCUCCUGGUACAAGGAAAGGCAGCUUUCAUGAAUGGGAACGCGUCAGCGGGGAACAAUCCUGGCUGAGAAAGGAACUCCUUUCCAAUUGCGAUAACAUUGAAUGGCAGGUGGAUGAGCUGGAAAAGACUAUUUUUGUAGCUGCUAGAGACCCUUCUUUGUAUGAAAGGAUCGGAUCUGUUGGGCUCACCAUACAUGACGAACUCCUUUCAAAGGAGAAAAUUAUAGAGGAUUUGGGUUCAGAAAUGGAAAGUACAUCUAAUCGUCUUGAUUUUGUUCAGUUAUGUGGUAGUAAUCCUUCUGAGGGGGUGUUUGUUGGGCUGCUUCUUUCAAUAUCAUUAACAACAGUGGUUUGAAGUUUUUGAUGGAAAAGAAUAGUGUUAAUGCUCUUCAUAGAAAAGUAUGUUGGUAGUUUAGGAAAU